CGGAAAAGUGUGACAGAAGAAGACGCGGUUUCUGGCAUUCACUAUGAUUUGUGUGUUUGGGUCCGUGUUACUAUUCCUUUCAGCCAACUUGUGUUAUGGUGCACCUCCAGGACAGAUUGACUCAAGAGUUGUGAACGGCACAGAGGCUGGAGAUAACGAGUUUCCUUUCAUGGCUCAAUAUGUCCGUUAUGGUGUACCAGAAUGCAGCGCUACAAUCAUCAACGAAUACUGGGUCAUGACCGCUGGUCACUGUGUGGAUGGGAAGGAGAUCCGCGUGUCCGACGUCCGAGCCGGUACCAACAGUGUGAGAAAUGAUACGGGUGUACUCAUCCACGUCAGCGAAUUCGUCUUCCACGAAAAUUACCAUUACGACUACAUAAACGACGUAGCUCUGAUUAAGCUGGUGCAGCCUCUCACUUUAGGUCCUAGAAUACAGCCAGUGCCUCUGCCGGAGCAGGGACAGCAGACAGCCGGAGGGACCAUAGCCACCGUGGUCGGAUGGGGAGCUACAGAGUCUGAAUCUUCAGCUGAAACACUGCGUAAGGCUGACAUCCCGGUGUGGUCUGACGAGGACUGCCAGGAGGCGUACGCAGGCUACGAGUACCAGGUGCUGGCGGAGGACAUCUGCGCCGGGAUGCCUGAAGGAGGCAGGGGAGAAUGUAGUGGAGAUGGAGGUGGACCCCUGCUAGUGAAUGGCACUCAGAUCGGUAUAGUGUCGUGGUCCAGGAAGCCUUGCGUUACAAAGGGAUCUCCUGGCGUGUACGUCGAAGUUUCGUACUACGUCGACUGGAUCAAAGAGACGACUGGCAGAUCUUAAAGAAUUCUCACCACUGAAUAAACAGGCAUCCGCUUUAGUGUGAUUAACAUGUGAUACCUGCAUAUAUGUAACUUACGGAUUUAUUUAUGUGAUUACAAA